UUCUUAGUGUGGAUAGUAGCAUAACAGUUUAUAAUGGUUAUAUUAGAUUAGUGUUUGUUAAGGUAUAUUGUUAAUUAAUUGUAUAAGAAAGAUGGCUUCCUUGGUUGCGGAUUAUGGAGCUUCCUCAAGUUCGGAAAGUAGCAGUGACGAUGUUUCGGACAGUGCCGAUAACACUUUUAAGGAAGAAGAAGAUGAAGAAGAAGAGGAGGAGGAUGAUGAAGAUGAUGAUGAUAAUGAUGUUCAAGAAGAGGAAGAGGAAGAUGAGGAUGAAGAAAAUAAUGAGAGUAACAAAGGAGUACCAAAUAAUAUAGCUUCCAAAGAGAAACUUCCAUUACCAACCCCUGAUUUUAACGGCACACCCACCAUGAAAACUUCAGUCUUCUCAAAUCCGUUUGUUGAAGCAGAAAGAGCAAAGAGUGCAAUUCUUGAAAAGCAUGUCAAAAUGACUCCAACUCUAGAUGACACAAAAAUGAUAAAUGGUAGAAAGAUUUGUUGGAAUUACAGAAAAGGAAGAUGUCGUUUUGGCCAUAACUGUACCUUUGCACAUGAUUCUGACUUACAUCGUACAGCAGCAGAAUUAGAAGCAAUUCGUGCACCUCAAGAAACAAUUAUUUGUCAGACUCAGUAUAAUGGUCAAGUGCCAGUAAAUGAUGAUGAUGAAGUAGAUCAAGAAAAUAACCAAAUGAAUAAACGUAAAAAAAGGCCAGGAUUAAGUCAGUCCUUAAUACCCAGUAAGAAAGUCUUAAAAAUGUACAAAGCACAACAAGCUAAAGCUAUUAGUAGAUAAAUAUAGCUUUAUUAAUUAUACAUAUAAAUAAUAUCAGCAUGCAAUUAGCUAUUCUGAAAAGGGAAUAAUUUAUGAUUUAUAUACAGUAGUGCCCACAUAAGUGGCCGCGCUCGGGACCGGCCGCGGUCAUUUAUGUGGGCAUGGUUACUUCUCAGAAUUCAACGGAGAUAAGGAAAAAGCAUAAGUGCGAGUGAGAUAAAAUAGCUGGCACCCGAAAUCAUAUAUACAAUGUAUCCAUAACGAUCGGCGUCAAGUUACGCUCGAUGAUCAAAGGUGCUUGGCUUCUAAAAAUUGGUGAGGAUAACCGCGGUCAUUUAAGUGGACAAAAAUUCGGUCACUUAUGUGGGCACUACUCUACUUUGUAAUUCAAACAAGUUCAUACAAAUGGAAUUGAUAAUAACUUACAUCGAAAAUGCAAGCUAUAAAGCAUGAAAUGUUGUAUGAACAAGAGAACAUUAUAAGAGACUAAUUACUUCUUUAUAUACCAAGAGAAGUAUAACAAAGUAUGCACUUCUAGAGUGCAAUUAACUCUUCAAUAAAAAAAUGCUAGAGUUAAUUAACAAAUGCGUCACAAAUCAUAGCUACUUCGAAAUUACUUGGAAAUUUCAGAAUUAUUUAAAUACUACUUGAUAUUUAUAGAAAAGUGUUUGUUAUGUAUAUAAAAAGUACAUUUUACUUGUAUAGUUAAUACUUCCAGGGACCUGCAUAAAUGAAUCAUAAUUCAUUGUGUCUUGCAUACAAAUAGUUUUAUAAAUGUAGUUCUAUUUAUAUUUGGUAUUACUAACUUGCCCACAAUAACUGAAAUAUGUCUUCUUAUUACUUGUUUUUCAUUAUACAGUUUACAUUAGCUGUACGUUUUCUCUUCCACUGAAAAGAGGCAGCUAUUUGAAAGUUCUUUAUAACAGACUCUGAAGUAUUUACAAAUAGUCAGGAGCACUAUUGUAUUUAAAUAUUUUAUGAAGUAUUGCUACAGCUUUAAGAAGUUUUAGACACUGUUUAAUGUACAGAGCAAAAAAUUGUCACUUUAUGUAAGAAAGCUGUAUGUAAGAAAGGAUUAUAUGAGUUAUGUAUGAUACAAUAUUGUUAACAUUCUUUAACUACUAACAAUAAUGUUUAACUAUAAUAAUCAAGGUAUACCAAAAACAAUAAUUACGCUUCCACUAUUCGUUAUAUCUUUUUACAUGUUACAAGAUAUAAAACAAGGCUUAUAUGAUUCCAUACUGAAGUAA